AUGGGAAGCCGACGAGUAAGUGCACCGCGCUGCGAUUGGACGAGAGGCCUUAAAGCCGCAGAGGAGUCCCACGUGGGGGCAGAGUUGAAUCUUCAAAACAAGGCUGCUCUCAGACAUGGCUGAUGUUCAUAUCAGACAAAGGCAAUCAUCUCGUCUCCCCCCGCAGUGCAACUAUUACACAAAUGCUGAUAGGUAGAGGCGCGCGGGCGUGUUGUGAAAGCAGCGCGAGAUAUUUAAGGCAAAAUAAUGCACGACGAGUCGGCACAAUUGAGAGGAUAUCAUCGAUCGAUUGGUCAUUAUUGUGUCCUUCACGGUGUAUGGGGAGUUUAACCUGCACCUUACUGAUACUCUUUGAGAUUUCACAGCAUGUCGCUUCACAUUUUAUAACACUAGUAAACAAUAAAGUUCCGGUAUAACCCUCUUUUUUCUCCUCAAACGGAGAGACAAAUUCAAGACUCGUUGUUGCACCUAACACCUCCCUCCCUCCUUCCCUCUCCGUCCCGCUGGUGGUGGUCUCUCUCACCCCAAAACUCAUCAACUUUAUUUGUGCGGCUAAAAAAAACACCCUAAUGAGAGGCGGAUGUGGAAUUUGUGCUGUCUCUGUCAAAUUUGGAUAUCAUCGUCGGCACAUCAAUGCCUGCUGCCGCUGCUGCUGCUGUUGUUGUUUUACAUGGUGGGACGGACGGAUGAUGCCUUGUGGAUCCGCGGGAUGAUGUCAUGUAUCGUUGCACCCCACGUGGGGGCCGUCGCUCUCCGAUAGGCAGAUGUGGCCGUAUUCCUUCCGAGUAAUCCGAUUGGACAGAUAGGCUCUUUCACGGCAGUUCAGCCCUGCUGCCUGUGUGUGGCAACCGGGGUAAGCUGGACAACUGGGGGAAAUGCGAGAUUGUGGAGAGUACCAUGUUACGCUUUUAAAGAAUCUCCAGCUUCUUCGAGUCGGAAGACAGAUUUUUUGGAAGCGUAUUUAUGUAUUUUCUCUCUCUUUUUGGGAUUAACCAGCCACAAAAGGCGCGCGUUUCCUCGGAGGGUUCGCGGCUGAGAAUAAAGUAGUUUAAUCGAGCCCGACCGCACCAAAUUUUCUCCCAACUGCUCCCUCAGUGUGGCGGGGUGCGCUCCGGAGAGAGAGAGGAUGCUUGUCGAGAUCUGCGUCCACCACCACGCUUACAUUACGAGGGAUUAAACGCAUGAAUUAUAGCCUACUCUGUUUUUCUUCAGGAACAAAAAGUCGCACGGACGGGCAGGAUACGCACACGGGUAUGUAUUUACCAGAGCUGUUGAUUUCUUCCUUAGUGUGUUUUCUUUCUUGUUUGGGCGUAAGCUCAAACAGCGCACCGUUUCCAUCGCUCUCCGCAGCAGAGUCAAACAGGAGGUGAAGCCAGCUGCCCUCGGCGCUGGCCUGCCUGGAGUGGAGGUCUGUGUUCAUUUGACGGACAAAAUGUAAAAGCGAUAGAUCCACAAACUUGCGACUUCUACGCACGCAGUUGCAUUUUACGCAACAGAACUGGCACCUUUAUUUGUUUGGUGUGUUUUGAGUAAGGUUUUGUUUUGAGUGUUUCGCUGGCCACUGACCGAAUAAGGUCAACCAAGAAGACAGGAGCGAGGGUCUUUUGCUGAUUUUUUUUUUGAGAGCCACUUUGUUUUUUCCUGAUUGUCUUCAAACAUCGUGUAUAAAAAAAUGUUGUUCUGUUUUAAAGCCUUUAGAUUAAAACGCGUCAUCUUUCAAUACAGGAUUUUCACGACCUCCUCCCCCCCUUACCCCCACCCUUGUCUGCUGAGACCGGUGAGGCUGUGAGUACAUUUCAACCAUUUUGCCAAAAGACCUGCACACUGGAGACAUAAACAAAGGAUACAUUACAAGAUGUAUCCACAAGGCCGACAUCCGGUAAGAAGCGCUUCCUCUACACUUACUAUAGCUGACAUAUUUAUCUUACAACACCGAUGUUGACAUUGUUCCUGACUGUGCUUCCCCCCCCAUCUGAAGUCAGCCGCACAAAGCGUUUUCCACCUUUCAUACAGCUCAUCACAUUUCAAUAUCAAAACGCAUUUAUGCUACACAGAAUCUGCACUUAGUGGUAAAUGGAGGCAGAUGGUUUGCAUGCCUGGAGAUGUUCACUCAGCCAUACACUAACAUAUGACUGUGCUGAGUAAGAAAAGCGCAGUUCACUUUUAAAAUCACAUUUCAUUUUCAGUGUGAAAACCUAUUCAUGUAGUGUUAUUAGCUUCUGGAGGUGUGAAGCAGAGCCACCUCUUUUCUGUGGUAAUGUCUUACUCACCGGUGCAGAGGAGAUAUUAUCCUGAAAGUAGUCUAUAAUGUGAGAACUAUUCAGCUCCCCUCAGCAGCAUGGGGCACACAAUGCAGGAAAAAAAGAUGAAUAAAGUUUUCUGUGACUGGACUGAUGUGAUUUUCUUUUCUCUUUUACAACCUCCUUUCAGGCGCCGCAUCAGCCUGGCCAGCCCGGCUUCAAAUUCACCGUAGCCGAGUCUUGUGACAGGAUAAAAGACGAAUUUCAGUUCUUGCAAGCCCAGUAUCACAGGUAAUGAUUGAAACACAUCGUUUUAUGGCAGUGUCAACAGUCACUCCUCGUGUAAAUGUAAUAGUUCAGGCUAAUAUUUGGUUGUUGACUCCUGCUGGAAUGAAAGAUGACUUUGCUGCCAAUUGGUUAAGUAGGAUUGAGUUAUUAAAGUGAUAAAGAUGCCUGAAAUUGACACCUUGUCUACUAUUUUAGUCUUAAGGUGGAGUACGACAAACUGGCCAAUGAGAAGACGGAGAUGCAGCGCCACUAUGUCAUGGUAAGAUUAUGUUACAAUAGAGCCAAAUUAUAGGUCCAAAUUUGCAAGGCUUGUUGAAGUUGUAGUCAGGGUGGAACAAGAUCAGCUAUUGUGAUCACCUGUGUGGUUGUUAGGGCGGGUUGAGUGUCAGGUACAGGCCUGUGAAAGCCCCCAGGGGGGUUUGAUGUGGCUGGUUGUUGCAGCAAGCUCUUCCUGACAGGCGGGUGGUGGGCGGCAGUGGGCUGGAGCUCCAUUAUAGCUUGCCCCUGAUCUCCUAGGGUCGAGCGCGGCAUUGCCCUCUGUGCGUGCUGAUCUGAUUAUUCUCCUAGGAGACUCCACGCUCACACAUAUGCACGGCCAUAAAUUAGGUGUGAGCUGAUGGUGGAGGGCUGGAGCAGUCAGUGUGGGAAAAUGCACCACAGCAAACAAAAUGGAGGACGCGAAGAACAUGCUGUAGUUUGUUGUGCACUGAAGUAGCCCAAAUUAUUAGUUAUGUUUGAGCUGCAGAAAAACAUAGGUGUGCCAGGGUAUGAUGCAGGAAUUUAGCUGAGACAUGAUGCAAUCAGAAGGUUUCCUCUGUGGCUGCGUGCCCUGUUGUCCCAGGUAAACACACCGGGGAUGAUUUAAACCAAUACAUGCGAGCUUAAGUUAAACAUUCUUCUCACAGGAAAACAACAUGUCAGCCUGACAGGAGGGAGGUUAGGCAAACAUGUAGGGAAGUAUCCCACAGCCAGCAGCAGUGUCAGGUUACACUUCGGCUGCGAGGCUCUGAUCUCAGACAGAAUGGCUCUCUUGUUUGAGAGUAAUUUUCGAAGAAGCUAAUGGACUGAAUAAUGCAUUGGCCUCAUCAAAUAGACGCUGACUGGAAAGCCAUUUCUGCCCCGACUGCCACUUGUGGGCUCUACGGAUUACAUUUCAGCCAGACAGACUGACCUGGCCUGAGAUAUCAAGAGUGUUGAGCAAUUGCGUUACGCUAAGUAAACAGACAUCCUGGAGAUCUGAGGGCUUGAGGUGAUGAUCAAUAAAUCUGACCCUUUCUUCUCUGUGCCCUCACUAUAAACAGCAAAACAUUGAUUUAUUGACUAUCCGCUGUUAACUGCUCAAUGGACUUCCUUUCCAUCUGAUCAAAGUUUUUCACAGUUCUCUGCCGAAGCCUGAUAGUAUUAAGAUUGUAAUCAAAAUGUUUGAAACCAUUCGCUGAUGUAAUUAGUGGAGUGAACAACUCAAACAUGAAUUUGUGGUUAUAAACAGCAGCACGUUACAGAUGUGAUUAUGGGUGCAGUUCAUUAAAUGUUGGCAAAACUUGAUUGUAAUUCUGACUUCUAUGUGUUUAUUAAGCACAAUUGUUUCUUUGCUUUCCUUUCAGUAUUACGAGAUGUCCUAUGGGCUGAACAUAGAGAUGCACAAACAGGUAGGUACCAUCCUGUUCAUCAUAUUUUGCAGCUCAGUGGUUUUCCACAGUGUCAGGGGGUUGUGAGACCCAGGGGGGAGCUGAUAGACUGUGUACUGAGCAGCGCUAAUAGGCUGUAAACACACAGAUUUGCUGCACACAAACAAGACAGAACAAUUGCAAACUUGUACCUCCACUUGAGCAAUUGCUGUGAAUGUUUUUGUUACACUUGCCGUGGUGUAAAGUGUGGAUUGUCUCAGCAUUGUCAUUAGAUUAAAGGCAGACUUUGGCAGGCUGAUUAAAGGGAGAGGAUUGCUGAUAGGUCAGUGUUUCUUCUUUACAUGAACAGUCAUUACGAGACAGGGGCUAAAGUCCCUUGGUCACUGAAUGGGCCCUUAUCUUUAUCAAAAAGAUCCUCUAUCUGCUGUUGCUGCUUAGAUCAAUCAAUCCGAGGCCCAUAGAGAUAAAGAUUGUAAGAAUAAGUAACCCUGAAAUUCCCAUGCAUGCGGCUCUUAAACCAGUGAGGCCGUCCCCUUUCCUGCCACAGCCCAGCUUGGUUAAUGACAGCGUUGGCAGCAUGGCAGAUUGGUGCGGUGUAGUGAUCUAUCAGUGUCGGGGGACCGUGUGUCACACUGCCUCGUGUCUGUCAGGGCUCGAGCCGCUCUGAUAGCCUCUGUCAGGCACUUAUCGCCAACCAGGAGAAAGAGGUGGGGGAUGGGAGCCGGAGAGACAUGUAGGGGAAUAGAGCUGUGGGGGAGGGGCUCGACAGCCCAGCUCUGUGUAAACAGGUUAAUCGACUGAUCCAUUUUAGCGCCUGACUUUUAUCAGGAACCUCAACAGAGCUGAUGGAAGUGCUUGAAUAAUUCAUCAGUGGGGCCCUAACCUGCUGAACGGCGUGUUUGUGAGCAAACAGUGUGGGCCCCAUCCAUGCAGCGACCCUAGCUUACAGCUUGGAUGGAGGAGGGAGAGGAGGAGGAGAAGAAUAAGAAGAUGGGGAGUGGUUAACAGUCAGGGUUGGGAUGGAUUAUUGGAUGCACAUAGGCAUAUUAUUUCCCUGCCAGGAGAUUUAUUCCACAGUGAGGAAAUCCAUUCCUCUUACUGUGCCUUUUUCAUUACUGUGCAGGAGCAUAAUUCAGGUUUCAGGAUGCACACACCGACACAGCUAGAGCGGAUGUGGCAACGAAAUAUCUAAUCCUGCUCUCUCAGCCAUCACUAUAUGUAGAUAUAAACAGCCAAUUUCUGCUGCAGGAUGUUAGGCAGUAAUUACCCUCAUCUGGUGCUUGUUUUUCAAGAGCUGUGCAAAUCUCAUUCCCAUUUGGCUGUUACCUGUACUCCUAACUCAGAAAUAAAAGACCUAUGGCUCUGAGAGUCCCUAAGUAGCAAACUAUCUGCCAUACACGAAGCCAAAGGAAACUUUGUCAGCCAGCAGACUUCUGCUGUUUAUACAGACGAGGUGUGCAGUGAAAUGUGGUUGGACAAACUGUUGCUCUCCAAACCAUCAGCGCUCCCACAUCACCAGUCUGUCAUGUCGGGCUGGACUGGAGGGUAAUGAUUACAGGGUGUGAGCUCCUGGAUGUCAGGUCCACUUAAAAAACCAGAAAGUAUUGUUUUUUUACAGUGCAGAAGGCUGUGGUUCUGGGAUGUUUCUGUAGGAAUGAUUAUAUUGUUUUUACAUCGCGUUUGCUCUUAAAAUCACCUGACUGACUGAUGUAUCUGACAAGCUUAAUUACAGUCGUGACUCAUGUGUCCACUUAAGCAGGCUUUUGGUCUUACUUCAAUCAAUACAGAUAACUUAAAAUGCCAAUUAGAAAAUGUGUUCUGGACUUUCCUCAUAUUAACAAAGGCUCUAGGGUUUUUUUUGCUACAUCUCAGUUUAAUGAAAAUGUGCCUCAUUUUCUGGCUUAGAUGAGCAGCCAGUGAAGUGUUAGUCUAAUUUUCCUCCCACUACAAAAACCAGAAAAAAGGGGUGACGCUGCCAUCUUAGACAAAUUGGGGGCCUUCGAAAUCUGACAAGUCAAGUAUUGUUUAUGGAUGGAUCAUGUGGCCAGCACUGCCAGUGGUUUCUCCCUCUGUAUUUAAUACUCAUCAGUGUCUCAACUCUAUUUUCCCACUGCUGAUAGCAACAGGCGAAUGAAUACCUUUCCGCACGCUAUUGACAAGCCAGCCUGAGAGUGCUCUUAAAGUGGUGCUACACAGGUCCGAGUACCUGUAAUUGUGUAGCAGCAGCGCAAAUCUGGCCUCUCAAGGGCCAAGCUGUCAUCUACUUAAAGUGACAACAGCCCCAUUUUUAUCUGCCUGCAGAGCAAAAAAAAAAAAAAAAAAGAUCCUGCCUGCACUGCACUGUAUCUAUAUUGACAGCAGUAGCGAGCUGAGUUGAUGCGUUUUGCGUGUAUUUGCAUGUUGUGUGGUGAGAGUGUAGAGGCUGCCAGUUGUUUAGGGCACAGCGGAUCAGCAACCUCCUGACCUCUCUCAGCCAGCUGUCACCAUGACACUAAGCUACAGAGGAAUGGACUGUGCGCUCAAGGCCUUUUCGCAAAUCCUGUCAAAUGUUCGACUGCUAUUGACAUGGCUUAUCUCUACAAACAUGGAUUAUACAGGCUCUGUAGCUUUUCAACUAUUUCUGAGGGCGUUCUUGAGCUCUUGCAAGAGCACUUACUACAUUGUAUUAAUACUAAUGCCCAUAAAACCUUUAUCUAACCCUCCGGUGCUUUAUUGGUUGUAGGUCACAUUUAUUGUGAGUGAGAGGAGAUCGGAGUCCAGUGUCCGCAGACAGUAAUCAAGUUAUAAUAGGUGUUAUCACAGUGGACUGUUGUACUUUGUAUUGCUUAUGUUGCCUCAUAUUUGAUCCACAUUAUUGCCUCUGAUCCAAGGCUUUACUUUGUUUCAUGUGAUAUUUCAUCUUCGGUUUGCUGUUUGUCAGGCAGGCUUGCUCGGCUAAGUGGCUGUCCAUGUUGCAGCUUGGGUCAGCAGGUCCUGUUCUGUUGGACAUUAUUCUCCAAUCUCUCUGGCUCUGCUCAGAGGUAAUACGUCUGGCUGCCAAAACUGCCUGGCAUUUCUGCCAUGUGUAAUAAAUAAGCUGGCGGUCUGCAAAGUACAUUGUGUGUGCUGCUCCAAAUGAAAAAUCGGAGAAAAUCCCUGUGAUGUGUUUGUGUUCCACAGUGGCCUUGGGUUGAACUGCAGCUCAUAAAUUCCAUAGAUGAUGGAGCUUUGGCACUGUUAUUUUUCUGCUCCCAGCUCAGAGCUUCAACCUGAGAGUCUCAUCUCCCAUCUCUGGAAGAAGAAAGAGGCAGAACAAUCUGGCUAUAUAUACAGUGUUUUUACAGGGGGGGUGCACUAACCUCUUUCCAUUGCUCUCCUUUCUUAUCCACCAUUCAUUUGCUACGUUCAUGUGAUCGACAGGCUGAAAAUUCAAUUUAAUGACCUGCCUUCAAGCCCGUAAUAUGAUUUUAAAGCCUGUUACGGUCAAGCAGAGGUGCCAUUUGCAUAAUGAUCCCAGCAAGAUAGGGCUGCAGCCGUUGCCAUGGCAGUUGGUAGACAAGCGGAAGAAUGGAGGCAAGGCUGUGUGCAUGGAUGGGAAGUUGGGAGGGCGGAAGGCUGGGCGGCUGAUUGCGGCAAGGAGUAGCUCAGGGCUUUGGUCUUGGAAAGGCAAAGCUCAAACACAGUGCACACUGGUAGCUGUCUUCUAAUGGUAUUGAUCAUAGCUUUGAGGUGCUCUUGGGGUCAUUAUGGUUUGUAAAGUUUGCUCACUCUGCAGUUCUGACCCUUAAUGUAAAUUGCCUGCAUUGUCACAUGUAAGUAAACAGUGCAGUCUGGUUAGCAGGCCUUGCUUCCUGGGGUGCGGUUGUGUGGUUUAACUCUGAGGUUAACUGCAGGACAGCGCAGUUGCAGAUGAGAGGAAGGAGGGCAGACUGAGAGAGGAUCCUCUCAGCACAGCAGCACUCUGCCUGCUCAUAUCCGUUUAGCAUGGAGUGCACUCUCAGCACAGCUGUGCUCCAUCCCCCUGGGCUCUCCUAAUGUUUUAAAUAUUUCAAAUGUCAAUAUCACGCUGUUUAGAGGAUGUUGAGUCAAGCAGUUCUGAUUGCCGCAGUAAUUGACUUAAUCGGUGUAAACAUUAAAGGCGGGGUUAGAUGAAGUCACUGUCUGUGUCAUACUUUAUCAUCUCAUUUUGAUCCUCUUUUGUUUUUCAGACGGAGAUUGCCAAACGUCUCAACGCAAUUUUAGCUCAAAUUAUGCCUUUCCUGUCUCAAGAGGUGAGUUUUGAACAUAGCUAAAAGUGUCACUAAAAAUACAGUCACUUAUUGUUUCCUGGAUUUCAAAGACUCGACUUUUAAAAAGAUGUCAAGUUAAGCAAUUUUGAGUAAUUGUUCGUGGCCCUCUCUUUGAAAACUAGAGCAGCAUUAUUAAAAUAAGGUGUGAAAUUCAAUUAGAUUAGAGUGGGUGUGUGAAAGAAGUUGACAUGCCUCAAUCUUUUUUUGUAAAUGUCUCCCCACAGCACCAACAGCAGGUUGCUCAGGCAGUGGAGCGGGCAAAGCAGGUGACUAUGACCGAGCUGAAUGCUAUCAUCGGGGUACGUGGACUUCCCAAUCUGCCUCUCACCGUGUGUAUACCCCCUUUUAUUCCUUUAUUUGACCUUUUUAUUUGGGACAAUCUUGCACAUAAGAUAAUCAAUAGCUAUAAAUCUUGCUUUUCAGUGUCUUUUUUUAAGUAGUCUGAACUGUUGGGUAAAUACAAUGUGAUACACCAAACACUGGAGUAGAAUAUUAGAUUUUCAUCUUUUUAAUCAAAGGUUUAUAUAUAUUUUAGUACGCAUUUCUGUUCCUUACUCAGACUAUAUGCAUCACAAAUGCGGCUCCAGAGAGCUGGUCUUAUGCUCCGCCUUGGUCUCUGUGGCAUCUUCACUGCCUUGUUGUGUGUUUAUAAAUGCAAGCCUGAGAGCUCUCGAGAUCCCCUUUGCAGCCUGUAUUGCUUUAAUUGGCAAAGGUUUUAACGAGGAGCCUCAUCCCUCAUGCUGACCUGGAUAGCUGUGGGAAUUAAAAGGCUGAGGGUGAGCAGAACACAGCCUGCGCUGCAAGUUAUCAGAUACGGUACCAACAGCGGACAGCCAUCAGGGCUCUGAAGCACAGCUCUCUUUGCUCACUACAGCACUGAGCAGUAAUGUGUGGUGUUCAUCCCCGCUUCAAAACACCAUCUGCUCCUCAUUGAUCAGCUGUACUCACCCUGCCCUCGUAAAACUGAACUGAUGUGGUGUCACCCUCGAUCCAAUGUUCAGACUAUUGGUGACCUUAUUACUAUGGUUGAAUCUUGCAGAGUCUUCAGCAUGCAGGAGAGGAAGGUCCAAAAGGCUGACUUUAUUGGAAUUCAAUUAAUGCCCCCUGUGUGACCUUUUGUUCCAGGGUAAUUGCUGAGAAUCUACCUGAGUAGAUGUCUCUCAAAAUGAUGGAGAGCCUUUUGUUUUUAAACAUCUACUUAGGCGGCUGCUGUGUUACCCUUCCAUGUCCAUGUCAGCUGUAAACAGCCUUUGUUCCAGGGAAAAGCUGCUUUGAUCUGUUGGUCUUCCUGUGUAUGCCGCUGUUAAACUACAAUAUUUAAAUAUGCAGUUCUUUGAAAUCAGUAGUUUCUGUCCUUUCACUAUUGCUCUCUGUUGACUUCCGUUGGAUAAGUCUCAUUGAGAGGGAACAACUUAAGUAGUUAAGCCGAAACUAGUCCUUUGAUAAACAGAUAGGCUAUUCUCAAUGAGCAGGAGACAAAGCUGGGGAGUCAGUCCAGGAGAGGUGCUAAGAUGGUGUCUGUUACCGUCUGUCUGUUACUGGUUCAGCAAUGCUUUGUUUGCUGACUUACCUGUUGUUUCAUUUGUGUCUGUAUCAACUAAUUGAUCAUACUUAAGUGGAUAACCAAGUGUAGAUGGAGAGGCAAGAGAUGAGAGUUGUUCCUGAUGUUCUGCGUAUUUAAUAAGGGUGGGAGAAAAAAUCGAUACAGCAUAGUAUCCCGAUAUUUUGUCUAAUGAUAUAUCGUAUCGUCUCAUUUACUAAGUAUCGAUUUUUCAAAUUAAUUGCUAAUAUGAAGUCAAAUCUAUGAUAAUGGAAAAAUAAAACCAAGUGUUUGUCCGGUGAGGUUGGCAAAGGUGACCUCACAGAGUAGGAGAAAGUUUGUGCAACAAACAUAUAUAUAUAAGGUUUGCAAGAUGUGCUACAUGAAGAUAAAAUACAGUGUAAAUAAGACAAACAUAAAGGAAAGCCAAAUGGUAAAUUAGCUAAACAGCUGAAAAAAUUGUACAGAUCGCAGUAUAUUGCAUCACUGUAUUGCAGAAUGCUAAAAACUGCAACAAUAUCGUACCGUGGCACAAGUAUCGUGAUAAUAUCGUAUCGUAGGGCCACGAGUGAUUCCCACCCCUAGUAUUUAAUCCAUUUCAUCAUUUACUUUGUCUAGUAAACAAAAAUAAACUUAUUAUCAUUAUAGAUCCACAUUUUAAGAACUAUUAGAUAACUCCAUUCAUGACAUAAAUAUGUGGUCCUUUUAUUUUACUAGAGUCAUAGGCCUCCACCUAAACCAGUUGGGGUGCCUAUGUCUGAGGAGGUGGAAAUGUAGCUACUCUAUGUUUUACGAAUGUCUGUCUAUUAGUUAUUCAUUGAGGAGAAGCUCUGCAGGCAUGCCAAAAUCCUCAUGCAUAUUGUAAAGCAAGGUGGGGUGAAAGAGCGUGCCAGGCAGACAGGCAGCAUCCAGGAGCCAGCUGCAUGCCUUAUUGAUGGGACUGAGGGCCAUUAAUAGGAUGCAACUAGGGCAUCUGCUUGUGAGGAGAUGAACCUGACAGGGGUUGCUUCCUGUUUGAUUAGAAAACACACAAAUACUGAACUCAGCUGAGGAACAGUCUAGUCAAGAACCUUUUUCGCAGUGAGUGACAGCUGUGGUAAACCACACGGUGUCUUUGGAAAAGUGGUUUGGUUGGUCUGAUGCACCAUCAUUUGCAGUAAAAAAUGAUGGUGAGAGGACAGCUGUAGCUCUGACCUUUUUGUCCAAUUUCAGCAGCAGCAGCAGGCUGCCUACCAGGCUCUCGUGAUCAGUGCCCUCCACAAGUAUCUGUAUGUGUGUGCUUUUGUCCGUGCACUCGGAGUGUUUGUUCACAGUUGGACUUAAAGUGGGUUUGCAUGUUGUGUGACACUGUCCCUGAUCAAGCACAAUACAUUUCACUGUAGUCAGUGCACUAAGUACACUUGAAACUACUACAAUAUACAAUUUGCUUUAUUUUGCCUUUGUCUGUGUUUUUACAGUAGCUGUGCACACUAGAAAAGGGGCAAAGAGUAGGUCUUUAUCUUGGAAUAUUAAAUUAGAGGAAAUAGGCCAGACUCCUUUCUUUAUUUAUUAUUGUCUUCAUUUAUGGCCCUCUAAUGAGGGCUCUCGCUGAUCAACCAUGCAUAUUACCCAUCAGUGCCUCAUUAAACACAAUGAGCAAGGAUGGCUCUCCCUUGCCAAUGAACUGGCUCCUUAAUUUCCCUCAUGGACACAAUAUUAUGACACACUCCUUCGCUCUUUCUCUCUUCCUCUCUGUCUGUGUGUUCGGGGUAUAUUUUGUAAUUGGAUUGACAUCUGCCCUAUGGAGCAAAGGACAUAGUUGGAAGUGAAACCUUGAGAUUAUACCAAUCUCAUAUUCUCUGCCUUUGGGGCAGAUAUACAUCAGAGGGCAAUAAGCAAUUAAAAAGACCCUCCAGGUAUGAUUUCUCAAAUACUACAUUUUAGUACUAUUUGUCCUUUGAAAGAUCUGAGAUGGAAUUUUCUGAAAAAUAAGAACUGUAGUGCAAGUUCCUACAGCCAAUGUAUUUUUCCGUGUAAGUCUGGCUCACCUCAUUGCUCUGUGUGUUGCACCACCUCCCCAGUCAUUACAAAGUGCCUAAUAUUCCUGAAAUGGCCAUAAAUGGCCCCUGAUUGAAGUGGGCCUUGUAAAAGAGAGGUGGUGCACGCUGUAACAGCAGCUGAAUUAUUCAGCUGGCUCGUAGACGGGUAAUAAAUUGCUGAUGUUUUUAUUGGUGUCUCAGCUAAGUAUUAUUUAACCUUGCUUUAAACUGCUUACUUCCAUGCUGAGUGCCUUUUAACUCCCAUCCAUUUCCCUGUGCCUUUCAAAUAUUGAUGGUGAAUAUUGGAGGGUUGACUGAGUGCCAGCAUGGGACCCCUGGUCCUGGCUCCCGGAACUGCCUUGCAGACGUACACACAAACACACUAACACUCACGCUCAAAAACCCUCCGGGGAGAGAGAAGUAGUGCCGGCUUCUGGCACUUAGUGUUCCCCUGGUCUCUUAAAGUUUGGGUGUGCAAAUGAUUCAUGUUCUGUUAAUCCGGGAACAUGAAUAUGAGAGGAGUAAAUAGAUGCUGGUUGUGUUUUUGAAGUGUUUAUAAAGCAGGUAGUUGUUUAGCCCACAGGCUUUCAGAUUCCUGCUCAGCUUCAUGUUCCUUAAGAGGAUCCCUUAACUCGCUCAUGGCAGCAGUGCUGUAGAGCUGCGGUAUGAAAAGUGCCAGUUUACCUGAUACAAAAUGAUCUCUUUAGCAUGAAGCUGUGGUUAGAUCAAACUUUGCUUUUUGCUGUUUGACACUAAUUUAAUAAAAAAUAUUUCCUUUGUAUAAUUUAGUCUACUAAUCAUGCACCACUUAUGCUGUGUGAGUGUAUGCCUCAAGGCCCUGUGUUUCCUGCACCAGACGUGUUGAGCAGUUGAUUGUUAGUCAUAACUUCUCCUCAGCACAGAUCUGAGGCUUAUGCCACUCUGGCCUGGUAUGGAAAAACCACAGAGGGGGAUUGCUGUCUGAUCCUGACAGUAAUAGAUGUGUGAAUGUGCUAAUAUCAUCCAGGGUUUAACUGAUCAGCCUUAUGUUUAGUGUGUGGUUUCUCCUCGCCUUUUCCCUCCGACCCACUUGGUGUCUGUCUGUCUUUCUCCCUGUCUACUCACAGCAGCAGCAGCUCCAGGCGCAGCACCUCUCCCACGCUGCUCACGGGCCUCCGGUCCAGCUUCCACCUCACCCUUCGGGCCUGCAGCCGCCGGGCAUCCCCCCUGUGACUGGCUCUGGAUCAGGCCUUCUGGCACUCGGAGCCCUGGGUAGCCAAGCCCACCUUCCAGUAAAGGACGAGAAGAACCACCACGAUCUGGAACACAGAGGUGAAGAGUGAAGCUCAGACGUAAAGCUGCUUAACAAGUUUACUUCGAUGACCUGAAACAUAUAUUAAUUUAACAUUAUUGCAGAGAUGUUAAACAGGGGGAAAUCUAAUUUAGUGUGGCGUGCUUCUCACUCUCUAGAGCAGAAUGGUAGGGCCCUUAGGUGAGGAGCUCAUCCUGUCGGUUCACAUUCUGUCUGGGUAAUGAGCUGGUACAUUCCCAGCCCAUGACUGCAUAAGCUAUUCAACAGCUCCAACACACGGCAAUAAGAGGGGCCUUGUGCCCCGCAGUUGAUUCUCACACGUUCAGCCAGAAGCAUCUGUUAUGAUAUGCUAACUGACUUGUUUUUCCCUUUGCUCCACUUGCUUUCAUCAUCACCUUGGCCCCUGUUGUGACGUCUGUUGGACAGAGAGCACGGUGAGUGUCCAAACACACUACUAUCCCUGCUGCAAUGCUUGUCUGUCCCAUAAACCUUUUUCAUCCUUGCUGCAAAAGUCAAGUCAAAAUUCUUUACUAACAGCAUGCCGCUGGUGAUUUCAUGCACUGUUGUAAUCUGCUUUCAAUAAAAUGAUUAAUUGGAAAUGAGGUUUGGAAUAUAAGUCCUGUGCUUUUAAUCCAGAAGGGAAAUGACUGGUAUCAUGCUGGAGAGAUUAGGAGUCUUGUAAUUUCAUCACAAUUAAAAAAAGACUUGGACUUCCCCUUCUUAAAGGAUUUAUUUGAUCCCUUCUACUGUCUCCCUUGUUUACCAGCUCACUCUUUCUCCUCCUUGGCAUGUGAUGAAUAUUUAUGAACACAAAUGGAGAAUUGUUUUGUUUUCUUUCUCUCCACCCCGUCUGGCUGGAGCUGCUAAAGCGUUUUAUUUGAAUGGCUGCGAUCUCUGAUGGCUUGUGAUGGGCUUGCGAGAUUGUGUUUCUGCAGGCCGGGCCGGCUGAAUGGGUGCAGUCAUGUCUGAAGAAAUGGAACUCCUGGGGCGAUUAGCAGGCCUGUUUUGUUUCUGUGCUCUUGUCCCAGGUCAUCUGAUAGCAGAGUGGUGACUUUGGUUAAUGAGUCACGCUAAGCAUCUCUUUAAAGGUCAGCCAUUAUGCAGACAGUGGCCCUUUGCCCAGACUGCUAGUCCAUCGGCCAUUGUUCACUUCCCUGGGCUGCCACCGACUAAGUCCAUGUUGUUGCUUCGGUCCUCGGAGGAAGGGACAGAGAGAAUCAGGAGAACUUGGCAGUUCAAGAACUGAUGGUAAACCCCUGUGAAAGCAGCUGGACACCUGCCUAGUUCCUCCUAUUCUGUUGGUGUUUGGAGUGAGCUGUCCCAGCUUGUGUGGGCAGGCGGGCUCUAUGAAGAAGCACCAGUCAGUCCCACGCUGCCGUGCCCACUGGCAGGAUAUAGAUUCUCUUUCUUUAUCGGAGCUCAAAGCCUGAGUUGACAUGGUGCCCGAGCACUCUGCGCAGCGGCAAUCGAUGCCUGAUGCCCACAACAUACUGUCUCUCUCUCUCUCUUUCUCUCUCUCUCUCUCUCUCCUCUCUCUCACUCUUCAUCUGUGCCUCCUCCUCUCUCUCUCGCUUAGCCUGACUGACUCUGGAGAAAAGGCCUUCUGUUCAGCCACAACACACUGCUCAUGUCCCUGUGAGGCUGUUUGUUGUCCAGUUAUGAGGAGGAGGGAGCCCAGCACGGAAAACAAGCCCUCCUCCUUUCAGUUCAGAUAACGGCCCAUUCUGUUGUUUGGCUGGGGACAGGCCUGUGUGUGAGAUUGGGCUUGGCUGGUGUCAGGGUACCGCUUGGAGCUGGCCUGCAGCUGCAUUUUUAGAGUGUGCAGCAUCCAUGAUGUGAAUAAAGCAUUUUAGUGUUUGGAUUGGCCCAGCGUGUUCCCCGUGAAUUUGUAAUUGAUGAAUGACUCAGUGCUCCCUUUUUUUAUGACAGGAAACAAAAUGGUAAUAAAGUUUGUGUGUUUUUUUUAUUUUCUCUUUGCAGAAUAACUCUAUAUCCCCGUCAGAAAGCUUACGCACAGCCAGCGAGAAGCACCGUAGCUCCUCCGACUACAGUUUGGAGUCCAAGAAACGCAAAGUUGAUGAGAAGGACAGCAUGAGUAGAUAUGUAAGUCACAGUUAAUUUUUAAUGUUUUUAUGUCAUGCUUACUUCCUGAAGAAGAUAGAUAUCAAGGUUAACAUUGCUGAGCACAAUGACUGGAGACUAGGUGCAACAGCCAGCCUGACUCUUGGAUUGAAAAACUGCACCAGUGAACCAUUUAGUGCCCAAAACUUGAUUGUAAUUGGUAGCUAGAAAUCUUUUUAAUUAUGUCCUAUUGGGAAUAGAAUUGUGAAGGUGGCUAAUUUGUGAAUCUUCUUUACAGGACAGUGAUGGAGAGAAAAGUGAUGACCUUGUGGUAGACGUGUCUAAUGAGGUGAGAAGUACAGCUUGUACUUGUAAAUGGAGUAUUGAUGUGUACCAGGAUGAAGCUUUUACUCAAUCUUUGAAACCUCUUGGUGUGUUUUUCCAGGAUCCUGCUACUCCACGUGCAAGUCCUGCACACUCCCCGCCUGAAAAUGGCAUCGACAAGCCCCGCCCUCCAAAAAAGGACACACCCAACAGUCCUGCCUCAGUGGCAUCCUCUGGAAGCACCCCAUCCUCCAAAACCAAGGAGCUCAGUCAUGUAAGACAUCAAGAGUUUGUUACAAACUAGGACAGAAAGGGUUUAAAUGAGAAACGCAGAGAGAGUAAAGGGAUAUGUGCAAAUAAAUCUGGGACGUUUUCUGCAGUGGAUUAGAAAUGGCUGUCGGUGCUUUAAGUGCAUGACUAAACGUCAGGGAUAAUAUUGUCCCGAAUCAGGAUCAGUCAGGUCUUCUCUGUUAAUAGCUCAAUGUAUUUAACUAUUCCAGGAUUUUUCUCCCUCUGCCUCACUGAGAGAUUAAAGCCAAAGCAGUAAGGGGAUAAAAACGGCCCCAUCUCUAUUGUGGCCAUAAUAGGUUUUAGAAUAAAUAGCAGUUUAUGGCUCUGCAGGACUAUGAGGGUUGUCAGAAUUAGAUUGGAUUAAGUUCAGUUUGCUCUCAAAUUGUCAGUCUGCACAGUGCCUGCUUUCCGGGAUUGUGAUUGUGCUUGCUCUCUCGUUCCCUCGACAGAAUGACAAAUCCUCCACGCCUGGCCUCAAGUCCAACACCCCCACACCUCGCAAUGAUGCCCCCACCCCUGGCACCAGCUCCACUCCCGGGCUCAGACCCAUCCUGGGCAAACCACCAGGCAUGGAGGCUCUUGGUUGGUAGCAGUCUUUCUCCUCUCUAGCAACUGAGAUAAUCUUUUUUUUUUUUUCCAUCCUCUCCUGAUGUAAAAGAUUAUCACAUACCAAUAUCCAUUUCCUGUCUUUCUCUGUAGCAGCCCCGGCUUUGCGUACCCCGCUGUCCAUCGCAGGCUCCUACCCCACUCCCUUCGCCAUGAUGGGCCACCACGAAAUGAACGGUGGCUUAACAAGUCCUGGUGUGUAUGCUGGUCUGCACAUCUCCCCUCAGAUGAGCGCUGCAGCAGCGGCAGCCUACGGACGCUCCCCAAUGGUAACCCCCUUACCUGUUCGUUUGUGUUAGGGUUGAUCAAGACCUUUCUCACAUCUGUCUGUCAAAGUGUCUUGGUUGUGUUUUAAACUUUAACACUACAGAGCUUUUAUUUUAUUUGCCAGUGUUACUUUAAGACACUGCCAGGUUUGGUGUUUCUUCCUCUGUUAGGCUAACUAAUAGAAUGCUUUGACAAAUAGAUAAGAGUGGUAUCAGUCUUGUUAUCUAACACUGGACAGGAAACAGCGUAUGCAUGUUUCCCAGACUGUCCGUUAAUGAGGCAGAUUGAACUCCUUGAAGUGAAGUGGUUUUUAAAAGUUACUGUGUCUUCUUUUUUCAGGGGUUUGAUCCUCACACCCACAUGAGAGCCCCCGGUCUUCCUGCUAGCCUCACAUCCAUCCCUGGUGGCAAACCGUAAGACUCUUUAAAUGUUUUAUAGUUAAACAUCUAAAAAAUGGAAGUGUAAUAAAACACUCAAACUGGUCUGUUUUUUUCCGUUAGGGCUUACUCCUUUCAUGUCAGUGCAGACGGGCAGAUGCAGCCUGUGCCCUUCCCACCCGACGCCCUAAUCGGCCCUGGUAUCCCACGCCACGCCCGUCAGAUCAACACACUUAGCCACGGUGAAGUGGUGUGUGCCGUUACCAUUAGCAACCCCACACGUCAUGUCUACACUGGUGGAAAAGGCUGUGUUAAAAUCUGGGACAUUAGCCAACCAGGCAGCAAGAGCCCUGUGUCCCAACUCGACUGUCUGGUGAGAGUCACUGCUUUUUGUUCAUCAACAGCUUUUAUGGUUUAGGACAGCUGUCAUUUUAAAGGAAAUUAACUGUUAACACACAACACUUUCCCAGUAAAUAUCCAAUUAUCCUUCGUGAUACAUGAGGAUCACAACAGGCACAUAUCCCAUGUUUGUGUACCAGUGCAUUUGCAGAAAAUGCACCAGUACACAAAUGCAGCUGCUGCAUUUAGUCAAUCUUUGUGUAGAAAAGAAGAAAACAAGCUCUGGCAACAACCUAGACAGAAUUUUUUUUAGGAUCACAGGACAUUUUGGGAUAUUUAAUAUUUGCAUGAUGCUAAAAAGAUGUGUAAACCCAGAAAGUCCUUAAUCCUGUCCAUUCAGUGAAGGUUUGAGCAAACCUUUAGUUUGGUUUAUAAUCACAGAAGGAUUUUUUAUCCUUUUUUCCCACCAACUCAUUCCUAAAUCUCUCUCCAGCUCCACUAAACAUGUAUUGAUUGGCUUUGUCCUCUGUGCAACAGAACAGGGAUAACUACAUCCGCUCCUGUAAGCUGCUGCCUGAUGGCCGCACAUUGAUUGUUGGAGGCGAGGCCAGCACAUUGACCAUCUGGGAUCUGGCCUCUCAGACACCUCGCAUUAAAGCCGAGCUCACCUCCUCAGCACCGGCAUGCUACGCCUUGGCCAUCAGUCCAGACGCCAAAGUCUGCUUCUCCUGCUGCAGUGAUGGGAACAUAGCUGUUUGGGACCUGCACAACCAGACUCUCGUCAGGUAAGAAGAACAUUUAUCUCGUAUGGGCUUUGACGCCAUGACAGAGUUGCUGCUGUGUGAGUAGUUCUAAAAGAUUAAGUCAACAAAUGUUUGUUUGUCCUCUGAAUUCAACUCUAGGCAGUUCCAGGGUCAUACAGAUGGUGCUAGCUGUAUUGACAUAUCACAUGAUGGCACUAAGCUAUGGACAGGCGGUCUUGACAACACUGUUCGCUCUUGGGAUUUGAGGGAAGGUCGGCAGCUGCAGCAGCAUGACUUUACUUCGCAGGUACAGUUGUGUAACUCAGAGGAGAAGACUAAAAUACACACUGAUGUACAGACUUACUGAGGAGGGAGGUUUUUCUUUAUACCCCAGACCUGAAAGUAAAAACUGCUCUGUCCCAUUUCUAGAUCUUCUCUUUGGGCUACUGUCCGACCGGGGAAUGGCUCGCUGUAGGCAUGGAGAGCAGUAAUGUGGAGGUGCUCCACCACUCGAAGCCUGACAAGUAUCAGCUCCACCUGCACGAGAGCUGUGUCCUCUCCCUCAAGUUCGCCUACUGUGGUAUGAAAACAAACACUGAUGAUAGCACUGACUUGAUUUACAGAUCAGGCCUCAGCUCAUCCUUUCGUUAUUGGUGAUAAAUCUAAACCACUCAUUUAAAGCCUGAAUAGUAACGAGCUUUUACAGUUUCACGUUUGAUAAUACUGUAUUUGUACUGUAGGUGUGCUAUUGCCUAAAGGAGCCUGAUUGCAUUGUACCUUUUUUGCAGGUAAAUGGUUUGUAAGCACCGGGAAGGACAACUUGUUGAAUGCUUGGAGGACUCCUUAUGGUGCCAGCAUAUUCCAGGUAUGCAGAUCAAUACAUACUGUCUGCAGUUUGUCCAAAAGUAUGCAGAGUUGUCUCUGAGAGGAAGGACACAGUGACCGCUGUCUGAAAAGACUCUACUAUCAGUGAAAACUGAAACGGAGUUAUUGACCUGACAAAGAAGUCUCUCUUUGAGAGGCAUCAGGCCAAAACUUGAUGUCAUUGCAAUCCUAUCUUCCUCUCCGGACAGCUUAUUUUCUCCUCUGAACUUCUAAUGUAGUUACAAAUGUUAACUGCUCCCAAGACUAACAUGUUUUUCUCUCCCUCCUCAGUCCAAGGAAUCCUCAUCUGUCCUGAGCUGUGACAUCUCAACAGAUGACAAGUAUAUUGUGACAGGCUCCGGUGACAAGAAGGCCACUGUUUAUGAAGUGAUCUACUAA